AUGUCACCAUUCAGCCUAGCUUCCCUCCGCAUGAGUCUGAGCACGGCUCUAGUCGUCUCAGUAUGCGUCGUCGACUCUGUCACCAUCGCUUACGACGGCUCACUCAUGGGCUCUCUGAACGUCAUGGCAUCGUACCAGAAGUACUUUGAGCUCACCACCGCCACCACCGCCGUCAACACCUGCGCAACCUUCCUGGGCGCCAUCCUCAUUGGGCCUUUCACCGGCAUGCUCAUCGACUGGAAGGGACGAAAGGUCGGCCUCUACGCUUCUGGUAUCGUCAACAUCAUCGGAGCCAUCAUUGCGGGAGCCGCCGUCAACAUCGCCAUGUUCAUCGCCGGACGCUUGAUCAUCGGAAUCGGUGUCGGACUGGGACAGACGGCUGCCGGAACAUACGUCGCGGAAACGACUGCGCCUUCGAUACGGUCUCUGGCAUUGGGAUUGUACUUCUCGUGCUGGGCAGUUGGAGCUCUGCUCGCUGCUGGGAUCUCUUACGGGUCUUCAGCACUUGAGCCGUCUGACUGGGCUUGGAGAGUCCCGUCAAUCUUACAAGCCGCGCCGCCCCUCUUCGUCAUGAUUCUCAUCUAUUUAGCCCCCGAAUCACCCAGAUGGCUAGCCUUCCAGGACCGAAGAGAUGAGGCCCUCGAGGUCUUGGCUAAGGUAAAUGGAGGAAACAACGAUGACGAGAACGUGCAGAUGCAGUUCAGAGAGAUCAUCGAGACACUAGAGUACGAGAAGAGGGAGGGUCAGGCUCUGGGGUUGAAGGGAAUGGUUCGCAAACCCAACCGCAAGCGCCUGCUACUGGCUUUAUCCGUUGCUCCGCUGGCCAUGUUGACAGGAUCCAACGUCAUCACAUACUAUUUCGGCCGAAUGUUGAGCCAGGCUGGCAUCACGGACUCGACGACACAGCUCCAGAUCAACGUCAUCCUCUCCUCCUGGCAACUGGUUGUCGCGGUUACGGGAUCAACUCUCGCGGAGAAGCUCGGCCGAAGGCUUCUCGCUCUGGGUAGUCUCGGGGCAUGCUCCGCGUUCUUCUACCUCCUCGCCGGUCUCACGGCCAAGUUCGGGACCUCGGGAGACAAGGCCGGCACCUAUGGCACGAUUGCUUGCAUCUUCCUCUUCCUGGGGACGUACUCCUUUGGCAUCACGCCCCUCACGGCCAUGUACGCGCCUGAGGUUCUAUCUUACAACAUGCGCGCCAACGGAAUCGCGAUGCAGGGUAUCCUAAUCAAGUCGUGCGGCGUGCUGGUGUCCAUGGCGUUCCCGUACCUGUUUGAGAGCAUCGGGUGGAAGACGUACAUUGUCAACGCGUCGUGGAAUAUCCUUAUAUGGCUUUACGUCUACUUCGAGUGGGUUGAGACCAAGGGAUUGACGUUGGAAGAGAUCGACGUCCUGUUUGACAGCCAAAAGGCGGUCCAGACCAUCGAGGAGGGUGUGCUGAAACCAGUCGCCGAGCAGCAGGCAAAUAACUCCGAAUGCGAGUAUCCUAUCACCGAGGAGAACAAAAGAUCUAUCUCGGUUGACCAAACCCACGAGAUCCUGGACCGCCUGCAGAGACUCGAGGAUCACUUCACAACGUUCUCAAACAUAUCCCUUGGGAAUCACGUACAGCCGGACGACGACUUCACCCCGCACUCGUACGGGCCACCAAGUCACGAACCGUCUCCGGAAUCCGCCUUCGCGUCUCCAGGCUACGCACCACUUUCAGUCGACCCGGCAAUCCAUGUCUCCCCUACCUCGGCUGCCGCCGCCGCCGCCGCCGCCGCCACCACGCCGGCGGUGGCUCUCGCCUCCCGCCAGAGGAGCAGCGCGGGAACGGACACCUGCAUCACCGCCCCCAUGGCGAUCCCCAUGUCCCACUCCACCACCACAGGGAGCCUCCUCCAGUCCAGAUCCGCCAAGGCGCUUUUGGGUGACUAUCCCGCCGACGUGUUCCUCCGCGUCGAGAGCAAGCGGGUGAUCCCCGAGCCUCUUUCACUAACGCCCAUACCCCUGGACCGAAUCACCUUUCCAGAAAUCGACGUCGAGACGGCUCUUCCGCUGGUCAACAACUUCUUCGACCUCGUUAACCCGCAGCACCCCAUCCUCGACAGGGAGGACUUCGAGCAGGUUUAUCAAGAUGUCGUGGAAAACCAGCCGUUCCAGCCCGAUCUCCGCACCGCGCUGGUGCUGGUCGUCAUGGCCCUCGGGAAGGCGGCGGUGGAUACGCCCGACCUGACGCAGGAUGCUUGGCUCCCCGGAGUUGAGCUCUUCACGCCCGCGAUGAAGGUGCUCCUGGCGACGUGGUUCGACGCGUUCGGCGAUGACCUCUUGUUGCCCCAGGGUUUGUACCUUGCGGCUCUGUACUACAGCUACUUGUCGAGGCCGCUGCAGGCGUGGAGGCUGACGCACCUGGCCUCGACGAGCAUACAGCAUUUUCCCAUCCGGCACCGUGCCAUGCGGCAACCCCUCGAGGAAACCCACAAACAUCAGCCAAUCACCCGGCUGUGCUGGGCCAUCUUCGUCCUAGAAUGCGACAUCGUGGCCGAGCACCACCUCCCCCGAAGCGGCAUAGACCAAGUCAUCGAGAACCUCCCCUUCCCCCGCUGCGGCAACCCGCCCGACCCCGCGAUGCUGUACUGGCUAGCGGACCUAUCCGCCCGCCGCCUGCUCAACAGGAUACACCACGUCAUGUACGACACGGCGAGCCUGGCCACGCCGAACCCGACGGGCGACCUGGCGGAGGGGGCGUCGCCGACGGAGCCGUCCGCCUCCUUGGUUUCCGUGUCGGCGGAGCUGAGCCACCAGUUGGGCGCGUGGUACGAUCUGCUGCCGUCCAUCAUCAAGCCCGACCUGAACAACCCCAGUCCGAGCGUCGACGAGGCCAUCAUGAUGUUGAGGUACCACGCGGCGGGUGACAUCAUCUUCCGCCCGUUUCUGCACCAGGUUUGCCGGAUGGCGCCGGGCGUGACGCCGGCGGAGUCCGUGGUGGAGAACGCGAAGCGGUGUUUGUACCACUGUCGGCAGUUUCUUGCCGUUGCUGAGCAUCGUCUGAAGGGGUCUUGUGGCUCUCUCGAGAUUGUGCUGUACUCGUAA